UUGUAUCAGCGAAGUGUGCCGGUUUGGUCGUGAGUCGGUCGCGUGGACGCGGAACGCGCGUGUUGUCGAAACCAUGAGCCUGUCAAUUACGGUACUUCUGCUGUUGGCGAUUGCGUUGGUUCGGGGUUUAGCUGAAGUUCCCCGCACGUAUGACCUUCGCACCGAGGAAGAUCGGUACGGUCAGUAUGAACGGGUGCUGCUAGGUUUGAGCACAUCAGAAGGACUCAGCGUGGACAGCAAGGUGCUGGCCAAAGUACGGGAGGCACUGUUCGAGGAUGAAGCUAACCAGUCGGCGGAAGGAGGCGAGAAACUGAUAGCCGUACUGCUGGAGCGGCCGAAGCAGUCUCGUGAAAUUGCGCAGUUACAGUAUAAGAAUAGAGUAUCGUAUAAGGUUUCUUAGUAUCUUUGAAUACAAUUCAAAA